AUGACCAGCGUCCUACCACCUUUCGUUCAGGCAGCAUCAGGCUCACUAGGAUCAGCGAGCGCUAAUACGCUGACUUACCCACUCGACCUUAUCACCACCCGUAUACAGGCCACGGAGAAGGGCACAUCCAUACGGAAGCAGAUUCACACUCACGGACUAUCGUCGUUCUACGACGGCAUUGGGGCGGACGCCGGUGCUACCUUGAUUUCAAGCUUUCUGUAUUACUACAUAUAUUCCUUCCUGCGCGAAUAUGUCGUUCGUGGAAAUGGAAAAUCGAGGGCAGCCAUGUUGUCUCUUCCACAGGAGCUUGCAAUUGGUUACCUAUCAGGCAUUGCAAGCAGAUCCAUCACGACACCUCUCAAUCUCGUUACGGUGCGCUUGCAAACCGCUCGAGUGAACGAUGAUUCCUCAGCACAAGGAGGAACGUCACGGUUCACGGCAAUUUGCCAACAGAUUUUCGAGGAAGAGGGGUUACGCGGAUUCUGGAAAGGAUUCUCAUCCACUUUUCUCCUUUCACUCAACCCCGCAGUCACACUCUAUUUGUUCCAGCAGUACAGACGAGUGAUGCUCAAGGGGAAAGAACGCGCUUCCCCACCCCCAGCUCAUUCUUUCGUAGGUGGCGCGCUUGCAAAUUCCAUAGCCGUCAUCAUCUUAUACCCACUGCUGCUCGCAAAGACUGUUGUACAAGCUUCUCGUAGAACUCGUUCAACCAACAAUACAUCACAGGCGUCAAUACAAUCAUCACUCCAAGCAAUUUAUACCACUGGUGGAUUCUUCGCCCUAUACCGUGGUCUCGGUGCACAGUUGUUUAAGGGCGUACUGAGGCAAGGAACAGCUAUGAUGGUGAAGCAAAGGAUCGAGCAACUAGUCGUACAAGCCUAUCUCAGACAGAGAGCACUGCGUCGCGUCCAAUAUAAGGGUUAA